AUGGUUUCAAAAUUCCAUUCAAGCCUUUCAGAAUCCCUUUCAUUAAUGUUAAAUGAUUCAGAUGAUCAUAAUGUAAUAAUUCAAGUUGGAGAAAAUCAAAAUAUAAAAGAAUUUCGUGCACAUUCAAAUAUUCUUAGAGCUCGUUCACCUUAUUUUAAAGGUGCGUUCUCAACCGGAUGGAUUUCUAAAAAAGAUAAUAUGAUUGAAUUCAAAAAACCAAAUAUAAGUCCUACCGUUUUCGAAAUGAUUCUUAAAUAUAUAUAUGCAGGUGAAGUGGAUUUAACUAAGCAACCAGGCGAAAAUAUUCUUGGAUUGUUAGUUGCAUCUGACGAGUUGCUUCUUGAAGAAUUAUUGAAUCACGUUCAAGGCUAUUUGAUUGAAAAACAAUCAACAUGGAUUGAAAAAAAUUUUGUUCUUGUCCUUCAUACAGUCUUCAAACUUUCUAAUUGUAAGAAACUGCAAGAUCAUUGCCUUGAAUCUAUCUGCGCUGACCCACAGCCAUUCAUUACUUCAAAAGAUUUUCCAUCACUUGAUAAAGAUAUUCUCUACGGCUUGCUUAAACGAGAUGAUUUAAACAUUGAAGAAAGUGUUGCUUGGGAUUCUUUAAUUAAAUGGGGUAUUGAACAAACUCCUGGUUUGGGAAAUAGGAACAACGAUAGAACCAAAUGGAAUAAUGAAAAUUAUGAAGCAUUGAAGAAAACUUUAAAUAAAUUCACUCCUCUUAUUAGAUUUACUGCAAUUAGUUCUGCUGAUUUUUUCGAUAAAGUUCGUCCAUAUAAGGCAGUUAUUCCUCAUCAUAUUUACGAGGAAGCUAUGGAAUUUUAUAUGAAGAAUACUUCCCCAAAGACAACGACUUUACCUCCACGUUCUGGAAAUGCCCGAAUCGAAUCAAAACUUAUUAAACCAAAACUUACUAACAUAAUUGCUGGUUGGAUCGAAAGAAAAAAUGGAAAAAACCGAUCGCUCAAUAAAAAGUAUAAGUUUGAUCUUCUUUAUCGUAGUAGUCAGGAUGGAAAUUAUGUUAAUACAUUUCGAAAUAAAUGUAAUAAUCAAGGUCCAUGUUUAGUACUAGUCAAACAUCAACAAUCAGCAAAGAUUUAUGGAGGAUAUAAUCCGCUUGGUUUUACACAUGAUGAACAAUGGGAUGAUCAAUGGCUUUAUACAUCUGAAAGUUUUAUAUUUUCUUUUGAAAAUAGUGAAGAUAUUCAAAAUAUGAAAAUAGGUCGUGUGAAUAAUAGCAGUUAUGCAAUAUACGAAUAUUAUAACACUGGAUUUAAUUUUGGAAGUGUUCUUUAUAUGAGUGGUCAACUAAUAUAUUUUAAUAAUUCAGGCUAUUAUAAAAAUGUUAAUAAUGUUUUAAGCCCAUAUCUGAAUAUCAAUUUUGUUCCAGAGGAAAUAGAAGUAUUUAAAAUAACUACUUCAUAG